AUGAGCAUCCUCUACGACAUCCUCGUUGCCGAGCAGCUUCGCGAGAUACCACAACCACGACAAACCAGAGAGCAACUUCUGGAGAAGUACUACCAGUCCAAGAUGUAUUCAGACAAGUCAGCCAAGUCGACCAAGUCGGAUUCGUCCUCCAUCGUGUCCAAGGACAGCACCAUGUCAACGGCCCAACUCAUCAAGAAGAAGUGCACCCCGAGGCUCAAGUCAAGUCAGGAGAAGUCGGCUGGAGAGAAGCAGGCAGAACGAAGGGCCGAUCGUCCUCGUAACGAGACGUUCGCAUCGUACUUUGCGUUGAAAUAG